UUCUUUUGUGUACCAAAGGAAGGAUAUGCCAGAGAUAUUUAGUUUCAAUGCUGAGGGAAUACUUGCAAGGGCGGCUUCACUUGCCACUGAACCUCUCAUCCGUUCUUGGGGACUUGAAGCAAAACUGACAGGCCUGCAUCAAACAUUAUCCCUGAUUCAAGAUAUCACGCGUGAAGCUGCUGAGCAACUACAAGAUCCGGUUGAGGCAGUGGCGUUGUGGGCGCAGAAACUUACAGACGUAGCUAAUGAUGCCGAUGAUGUCGUGGACGAAAUUGACUACGAAGUUCUCCACCAUAAGCUGGAAAUAAAAAACCAUUUGAAGAGAAAGGUACUCAACUUCAUUUCACUCUCUAAUCCGGUUGCAUUUCGUCUUAAAACAGCACAUAGAAUUAAGAAAAUCAACGCAUCGUUGGUGGAUCUCAAGAAUCAGGCGUCUAUUAUGGGACUAGUUUCCAAAAAUAUAGAUGCAACUUCUCAAGCAAUGAGAUCGAUCAGAGAAACCAAUUCAUCAAUUGGCAAUGAAAUCAUGGUUGGCAGAGAUGAGGUCGUGUCAAAUAUACUUGCAACCUUGACCAGUUCCGAAGUCGAUCAAGAAAAUCUUUCCGUUAUGGCCAUUGUGGGAAUGCCAGGUUUGGGAAAAACUACUUUGGCCAAGUUAGUUUAUAAUGAAGAUGAGAUAAAUAAACACUUUGAUAAGAAAAUAUGGAUACAUGUAUCCAAUACAUUUGAUGUCGAUUUAAUUUUGAGUCGAAUCUUAAAAUAUGUUGACUGUGGAACGUUGAUAUACAAAGUCAGGAGGCAGUGCUUAAAAGCCUCCAAGAACAGUUGAAGGAGAAAAGAUGUCUUUUUGUACCAGAUGACAUUUGGAAUGAAGAUUCUGAAAAAUGGAGCAAACUGAUGAGUUGUUUGUCAGAACUCCAUUUUGCACGGGGAAGCACCAUACUUGUCACUACAUGCAGUUCCAAAGUUGCAACAAUAACGGGAACACUUCCUCGCUGCGAUUUGGGAUUUCUAUCGGAAGACGAAUGCUGGUCCAUAUUGAAGGAAAGAGCAUUUGUAGAUAACACUGCUGCUCCUGCAGAUCCUGAUCUAGAGGAAGUUGGAAUAGAGAUUGCCAAAAAGUGUGCAGGUUUACCAUCUGUGGCAAAGGUUUUCGGAGGAAUGUUGCAUUCUAAGAAUGGUGCAGAUCAAUGGUCAGCGAUUCUACAAAGUAAAAUAUGGGACUCUCCAGAAGCGAAAGAGAUUAUCAUCUCGGAAUUGAAGUUGAGUCUGGAUAAUUUGAAAUUUCCAUUUUUGAAACAAUGCUUCGCUUAUUGCUCAAUGUCCAAGAAAGGUUCUGAAAUUGAAAGGGAUGACCUAAUACAAAUGUGGAUGGCUCAAGGAUUGCUUCACCCUUCUACCGAGAAUAGUGAUCUAGAGAUGGAGGAUAUAGGCACCGAGUAUUUUCAUAUUCUGUUGCAAAACUCCUUACUUCAAGAUCUUACGAAGGAUGAAUUUGGUGUCGUAGCCAAAUGCAAGAUGCAUGCUCUUGUGCAUGAUUUUGCAGAACUUGUAUCAAAAUCUGAGAGCGUGACUUCAAGUUCUAAUAAGAUGGUCGGCACAUUGAAGAUUCGACAUGCUUCACACAUUCCUACUUCGGUUUUGGAAUCAAUUCAAAAGAAAACUUUAAGGGGAUUGCGCUCAUUGUUUUCUAAUAGUGAAGUUCCUAGGAACAUGUUGCCAAGGCUUAGAGGUUUGCAUGUCUUGAAUCUUUACAACUCUAAUAUUAAGGAGCUACCGAUUUCCAUUGGGAAACUGAAGCAGUUGAGACAUUAA